AAGCUUCAAAACCUGGAGUCCAGGAGGCCGGCUGGCGGCGCGAUGAGGCUGCACUGUGAGGUGGAGGUCCGUAACCAGCACUUACCGGCCUUGGGACUCAAGGCCCGAGGCAAGGGCGUGCGAGCGGUGGUGAGCCUGUGCCAGCCGCCGCGCAGGAGUGCGCUGCAGCCUGGGGCAGGAGCAGAGUCCGACGGCCGAGCCUGCUUGCUGGUCUCCACUAUGAAGGACAGGCAGGGAACCCGCUACGAGCUAAGAGAGAACAUUGAGCAGCUCUUCACCAAAUUUGUGGAUGAGGGGAAAGCCACUGUCCGGUUAAAGGAGCCUCCUGUGGAUAUCUGUCUGAGUAAGGCCAAUCCUAGCAUUUUAAAGACUUUCCUUUCAGCUAUAAAACUGGCUCAUAGAGGUUGUGACAUCAACACUCCACUUUCAACACCUAAGCCAGUGAAGACUUCAGAAUUUGAAAAUUUUAAAACCAAAAUGGUAAUCACAUCCAAAAGGGAUUAUCCCCUAAGCAAGAACUUUCCGUAUUCUCUGGAACAUCUUCAGGCUUCUUACUGUGGCCUUGUCCGAGUUGAUAUGCGUAUGCUUUGUUUAAAAAACCUUAAGAAGUUAGACUUGAGUCACAAUUGUAUAAAAGAGCUUCCAGCUACAAUUGGAGACCUCAUCCACCUUCAAGAGCUUAACCUUAAUGACAAUCGCUUGGAGUCCUUUAGUGUGUCGUUGUGUCAGUCCACACUCCAGAAGUCACUUCAGAGUUUGGAUCUCAGCAAGAACAAAAUCAGGGCCCUCCCUGUGCAGUUUUGCCAACUCCGGGAACUUACAAAUCUAAACCUCAGCGAUAAUGAAUUGAUUCAGUUUCCCUUCAAGAUAGGACGGCUAACAAACCUUCGCUUUCUAUCAGCAGCUCGGAACAAACUUAGAAAUCUACCUUCUGAAUUUAAAAUGUUGUCCCUGGAGUACUUGGAUCUUUUUGGAAAUACUUUUGAAAAACCAGAAGUCCUCCCAAUUAUAAAGCUUCAAGUACCAUUGACUUUACUGGAAUCUUCUGCACAAAUCAUACUAUCCAAUAGGAUUCCAUUUGGCCCUCAUAUCAUUCCUUUCCAUCUUUGCCAAGAUUUGGAUACUGCCAAAACCUGUGUCUGUGGAAGAUUUUGUCUACAGUCUUUCAUUCAAGGAACUACUACAAUUAACCUACACGCUGUUGCCCACACUGUGGUUUUAGUAAAUAAUGUGGGUAGAAUGGAAGCUCCGAUUAUCUCUUACUUUUGUUCUCUAACCUGUUAUGUAAAUUAUUCUGAUAUGUUAAAGUAGUAGUAUAAUAGAAAGUUCUUUAGAUGUAGGACAGUUGAGUAUUUGGAGAAAGGGAAGCUCUUUGUAUAUCUGCAUGGGAAGAAAUGUAUAUUAGCAUAAGCCAUUUGACUCUGAAACUUUAAUUAAAGCUGAGUUUUAUUUUGGGAGUGGAUCAAUAAUGGCUCAGUGGUUAAGCGCACAUACCCUUUGCAGAGAACUUGCAGAGAACUGGAGUUCUGUUCUCAGCACCUACACUGUGCCUCUGUGUACACCAACUCUAUGUACUCCAGUUCCAGGGAAUCCAGUGUCCUCACUGCAGGGACACCAGACAUGCAUGUGGUACAUGUAUAUGUAGUCAAAAUACAAAUCUUUAAUCUUAUUCUGAAGUUAACAUAUUCAUGAUUACAGUGUUAGUUUCUGCCUCAAGAAGCCAGGAUAUGCUGUAGUUAAUCAUGUCAUGUGUAUGUGUGUGUCCUGGUUGGUGUUGGGGAUUAAAGCCAGAACUUUGUGUAUGA